AUGCUUUCUUGUCAUCAUUAGACUGUAAGUGAGAUAUAAGUAGAUAAAAGUGAUAAACCUUCAUUAAUAAGGAUGUUUUGGAAUUUAUUAGUUUGUACAUUUUAGACAGUUUUUGGUUAUGUAUGCUUGGAUGUUUGUGUGAGUGUUACUUUACAUUAUAUUAACAAAGGGUAAAUUUAAAAUAUAUUAUAGAAUGACAUCAAUUGAUGUAGCUGGAUAUGGAUUUGCCUUGAAUUGUGUAUACAUAAUUGUAUUACCAAUUGGAUUUGGAUUUAAUUAAUCUUUGAAUAUGCAUACAGCAUAAGCAAUAGGUGAUGGAAAACACUAACUUGCCUAGAGAUUCUUUAAUGUUAAUUUAUAUGUGAUGUUGAUGUUUCUAAUACCAUUUUCAGGAAUUUUAAUAGCAAUCAAAAAACCGUUUAGCCUAAUAGUAGAAGAGUCAAGAAGAGAAGAAAUAGCAGAUUGUGCAUGGUAAUAUUUAUGGUUUUUGAUUCCAGCCAUUAUUUUAGCAAUAAUUUUUGAAAGCAUAAAAAUAUUUAUGGCUUCAUAUAAAAUAACAUAUCCAUUUGCUAUAAUUCAUUUUAUCACUUUGCUUUUGCAUUGGUUGUUUAGUUGGUUAUUUAUAAUGAAAUUUGAAUGGGGAAUUCCAGGAGCAGGAUUUGCCAUAAUAUUAACAGAAAUUUUCAAUAUGAUUGGAAUAAUAUGUAAAAAUUAUUUAAUUAAUUUUAGUAUUCAUAUAGUUUACAGAAUAUAAAAAAAAAAUAUUUUAAGGAAUCAAAAUAUUGCCUGAUAUACCAAGAAUUAAAAAAUUAGGUUUGUAAUAUUGCAAAACUUCUAUGCCAAUAUUAGUUCAUAUAUAUUGUGCAUACUUUAUAUUUGUAUUAUUAACUUUUGUGGCAUUAAGUUUAAAUACUCCAUCAGUAAAUGCUCAUUUAGCACUUCAAACUGUAUCUGGAACAUUUUUUAGUAAUUCCUUAUUUAUAUAAUUUAAGGAUUGCCAAUAAGUUUAUCAAUAGCAAUUAUGUCUUAUGUUGGUACUGAAAUGGGAUAUGGAAAUAUAAUAGGAGCAAAAUAAUAUGUUAUUGUCGGAAUACUUAUUUUUCUAAUAACAUGUAGUUUAUGUGCUUCUUUAUUAUGGGUAUUUUAAGAUGAAUUUAUUGAUUUUUUCACUACAGAAAGUGAUCAGGAUGAAUUUGCAGAUGAAACUAAAAAUGUUAUGAGAGAAACACUUCCUUGGAUGAUUGCUGGUUCAUUAAUUAUAGAUGGAAUGUAAGGUACUUUAAGUGGUGCAUUAAAAGGAAUCAAUAAAGCCAAUUUAGUUUAGGUAUUACAUUUUUAAUUAAUAUAUAGUAUUCAACCCUAUUUGCUUAUUUUGUUUGUUGUGUUCCUAUUGUUUCUUUUUUUGCUUAUGAUUGGGGACUUGGAAAUGGAACUAAAGGAAUCUGGUAAGGGUUUGGUAUAUCAAACUUAAUUUUAAGUACACUUUUUACAUUGAGUCUUAUUUUUACAGAUUGGAAAAAAGAAUCUGAUCUAAUUAUAAAUCGAAUUAAAAAAGAAAAUGAAUUAUAGAAAAGCACUCUUCAUUAAAUUGAAGAAUAAAUGCUUUAUGAUUGA